UUCAAAUUCAACCAAAAAAGGCAUUGCUGUGCGCCUCGCGUUUUCGAGCCUGGAAAACGCUUUCUGUCUGAUCGGGGCCUAACAGUAGUUUGCCACAACGCUAAAAUGUCUGUACUCAGCUCAAUGAAGAAGGGCCUCCUCCUCUGCCUUUUUUUUGUUUUUUCGCUGUGUCUUCUCAGUGCAUGGCCAAGAGGAUUCCAGGCCCUGACAGCCGUAAAUCCCUCCACCUUCUAUAACUUGAGGAGCAGUAGAAAUGUGACCAUCCUGCUGUGGUACUGGCCCUUUGGCAGGUCAUUCAGCCUGAAGGGUGACGUGUGCUGGGACCUCUACCGCAUCCCUCGCUGUAGACUGGUGGACCAGCGCUCCUUGUUCCCCUCAGCUGAUGUGGUGGUCUUCCACAGCAGAGAGCUGGUGCAGGGCCAACAAAAGCUGCCCUUUGACCUUCCACGGCCGCAAGGCCAGAGGUGGGCCUGGAUGUCCCUGGAGGCCCCUGUUUACAAUGGAAACUUGGAGCAAUAUGCAAAUAUAUUCAACAUGACCAUAACUUACAGGAGGGAUGCUGAUGUCACUGUACCAUACGGUGAACUGCUACCAAAGGAGGCUGAAGGACAUUUGGUCGAAAACACCCCUCUGAAUAAGAGCUCUCUGGUCUGUUGGGUGGUCAGCAACUACAGGAGCCACCACAAGAGAAGCCAAGUGUACCAUGAGCUCAUUGCCACAGUUCCUGUGAGGGUUUAUGGUCACUGGACAAGGACACCCCUCUCCUCUAGAGCCCUCUUGCCAACAAUCUCUCACUGCUACUUCUAUUUGGCUUUUGAAAACUCAAUCAGCAAAGAUUACAUCACAGAGAAGCUGUGGAGGAAUGCUUACCAAGGUGGGGCAGUGCCUGUUGUCUUGGGAGCGCCAUUACCUGAUUACAAAGCUGUGGCUCCACCAAAUUCUUUCAUCCAUGUUGAUGAGUUUGCAUCAAUAAAAGACUUAGGAAAGUUUCUACAACAGCUUGCAGAGGAUGAUAAACGCUACCGGGAAUAUUUUACCUGGAAACAUCAGUGGAAGGUAAAGCUGUACACAGACUGGAGGGAGAGACUGUGUAAGAUCUGCUCACAGUACAACAGUUUACCUCAGCAAAAAGUUUACACAGACCUAAAGGCCUGGGUCAAGGUUAAUAAUACUUGAGCUUGCACAUUUGAAUAAUUCAUUAAUUUCUCUGAACUUGCGAAUAUUGAUACAUUUCUGACAAAUUAGCAGACAACAUGACCUACUGUUUUGCAUCAGUAUAUAUUUACUUUUUUUGUCUUAUGUUAUUUGUAAUACAUUCUUUCAGAGUGUGUUCUGUUUUUAUGUUAGGGCUGUGAAAAAUCUGAAGUUUAAUUUAUUCAUUGAGGAAAACGGUCCAACAUUGCAUAUCUGUGAGUGGCAAAAGUAUGUGAACUUCUAGGAUAAGCAGUUAGUUGUGAUUAGAGUCAAGUGUUUUCAAUCAAUGGGAUGACAAUCAGAUGUGAGGAGACACUCUGUUUUACUUAAAGAACAGGGAACAGAAUUUCAGAAAAUGAGUUGUUGGUGCUGUGGAGGAGGUUACAAAAACAUCUCCAAAGAGUUUGGACUGCACCAAUCCACAGUCAGACAGACUGUAUACAAAUAAAGGAAAUUGAAGACCAUUGCUAACUUCCCUAGGAGUGGUCGACCAACAAUUAUCAUUUUAAGAACAAGACGUGUAAUAGUCCACAAGGUCACAAAGGAACCCAUGGUUACUUCUAAGCAACUAAAGGCCUCUCUCACGUUAAUGUCAAUGUUCACGAGUCAGAAGAAUACUAAAUGACAAUAGCAUGCAUGGCAGGGUUGCAAGGAGAAAGCCAUACCUCUCCCAAAGGAACAUUGCUAGAAGUCUGAUCAAGAUCACAUGGACAAGCCAGAAGACCAUUAGGAAAAUGUUUUGUGGACGAGACCAAAAGUAGAACUUUGUGGUUUAAAUGAAAAGCGUUAUGUUUGGUGAAAUCAACAUUAAUAGAACAAUGAAUUCUGAAUUUUACCAGUGAUUUUUAAAAGGUAAAUAUCAGGACAUCUGCAAGCACAUAAGUCGUUCCAUAGAAUUGUUAAAGAAUAAAGUGAAUGUUUUGGAAUAGCCAAUUCAAAGACUUCCAAGUCAGUUACUGGAAAUGUUUAGUUUUAGUUAUACCUCCCCAGGGGUGUCACAUCCUGAAAGCAAAAGUUCACAGAUGCAAUAUUGGAUCAUUUUUCUUAAUGAAUAAAUGACCAAGUAUGACAUUUUUGCCUUAUUUCUUAAAUCUCUUGAUCUAGUUUUUAAACUUGUGUGAAUUGCAUGAUGGUGUUUUAGGUAAUUUAUGCAGAAAUAUAGAAAAAAUUCUAAAGGGUUCACAAACUUCCAGCCCCUACAGUAAAUGCUCACAAAUAAGAUGCUUUAACUAAUAACUACCUUAAAAACAAUGACCAAGUGAGUUAAAUUCCUAGCACUUUAUAGCAAACACCUGACUUCUCUAGGGUUAAAAGAAUAAUGAGGCAUUUAGGAAAUAUAUUGUUUUGUUGCCUAGAGUUAGAUGAGAAGAUUGACACCACCGCAUGAUAAAUUAAAAAAACUGCAGCUGGCUGCACACACACUGACAGGAAACUCUCUGUAAGAAAGCAAAUAAGUGCAUUGCCCAAAAUGUUGAACAAUUCUUUUAAAUUUAACUCACCACAGCAUAUAACACUGUGUACUUUGAGGGCACCAAGGCCCAUACUGUGCAAUAACUUCUAGGCUUAAACGCAUGUACUGUAACAGCACCUGACAACAUACAAUGUCGCAAAGGUUACUGUAAAUAGUGACAGUCCCUGGUGUAAUUUUUAUUAAUUACUGCACAAUCAUUAAUAUUUAGUGUAAACACUGUGGUGGAGGCCUUUACAUCACAGAAAACUUUAAAAAGUAGUUUGAACUGAACACAAAUGCUGCAAUUGGUUCCAUGUCCAAUGCUUUAAGAAGUUUAUCCUCCUUAAAAUGUAAAAACAUAAAAAAUA